AUGAAAUGCGCCUUCGGUGUAUCUUCCGGGAAAUUCCUCGGAUUCAUGAUUAGUCACAGGGGUAUCGAAGCGAACCCCGAAAAAAUAAAGGCCAUCAUCGGCAUGGAGAGGCCAAAGACAACAAAGGACAUUCAAAGCCUUACCGGACGAGUGGCUGCCCUGACUCGCUUCAUAUCCAAGGCAACCGACAAAUGUGUACCGUUCUUUAAAGCCUUGAAAGGGGGCAAACGGAAUAUCAUAUGGACUGCCGAAUGUGAUAAAGCGUUUCAAGACUUAAAGGACUACAUGGGCAGAGCACCCCUUCUGUCGAAACCACUACCUGGAGAGACUCUCUAUCUAUACCUUUCGGUGUCUAGCACUGCCGUCAGUUCGGUAUUGAUCCGGAUACCGGAGAGGGCAGAGCUACCGAUCUUCUAUGUCAGUAAGGCACUCCAGAGCGCCGAACUUCGAUAUCCCCCAUUAGAGCAGCUUGCACUAGCCCUGGUGGUCUCGGCACGAAGACUUCGGCCAUACUUCCAAGCACACGGGAUCAAAGUCCUGACUAACCAACCGCUUCGGCAAGUGCUCCAAAAACCUGAAACUUCUGGCCGGUUGAUCAAAUGGGCGAUUGAACUCGGAGAAUUCGAUAUACAGUUCGUGCCAAGACCAGCCGAAAAGGGUCAGGCCAUUGCCGAUUUCAUCUCCGAGCUCACCCCACCAACGGCACAGGAAAUAAGCGAGCUAGAUACCGAAACCGGUACACCGAUGGAAGUAGACGCCGAACGGCUCGACGUCUCAAAUCCCGUAUGGACUCUGCACGUCGACGGCUCGGCAAACCAACAAGGAUGCGGAGCCGGCUUGGUACUGACAACACCGGAGGGACUCAAGAUCGAGUACGCCCUCCGAUUCAACUUCCGAACCUCCAACAAUGAGGCAGAGUAUGAGGCCCUCUUGGCCGGCCUUCGGUUAGCUAAGAGCAUGAAUGCAAAACAGAUCAAGAUACACAGCGACUCCCAGCUCAUUGUGAACCAGGUAACGGCAGACUUCGCCGGCAGAGACGCUUCCAUGAACGCCUACCUUUCAUCUACCCACCAGCUGCUCCAGAGCUUCCGAGCCUACGAGAUCAAGCAGAUCCCCAGAAGCGAAAACAGUCAUGCCGAUGCAUUGGCACGGCUAGCUUCGGCAAUCAAUGACAAAGUCGGAAGAAAGGUGCCGGUGGAAAUUCUUGCCCAACCAAGCACGGUAGCCUCCGAAAUAUGUACCGUACGGUACGAGGAUACAUGGAUGUCCCCCAUCUACUCAUACCUGACCAACGGUACCAUUCCAGAAGACAAGGCCCAGGCCCGAAAGCUUAGGUACCGAUCGGCAAGGUACACCGUCAUCAACGACGUUCUUUACAAACGUGGCUACACGACUCCGUAUCUCAAGUGCCUUACGGCAGAACAGGGGAGCUACAUUCUCCGGGAAAUCCACAAUGGUGUUUGCGGCGACCACUCUGGGUCCCGGUCACUCGCACACAAAGCCUUUCGGCAGGGAUACUUCUGGCCGACCAUGCACCAGGACGCCAGUUCACUUGUGAAGAAAUGCGAUAAAUGUCAGCGGUUCGGCAACAUACAGCAUAUCCCCGCCGAACCCUUGACACCGAUCGUGAGCCCUUGGCCUUUCGCACAGUGGGGACUAGACCUGAUCGGUCCGAUGCCACAAGGUAAAGGCCAGGUGAAAUACGCUGUGGUUGCCGUUGACUACUUCACCAAAAUGGGUGGGAGCCGAUCUCUUGCAACCAUAACGGCAGCAAGAGUAGAGACUUCGUCUGGACUCACAUUUGUUGCCGUUUCGCUGGACAAAGCCAAAGGAGCCUGGCCAGAAAAGCUUCCCGAAGCGCUCUGGGCCAUUCGGACCUCUUACCGAACGUCCACGGGAGAGACCCCUUUCUCCUUGGCUUUCGGUUCGGAAGCCGUUGUGCCGGUAGAAAUUGGCGAACCUUCCUACCGAACGGAAACCUUCGCUCUGAAGCCAAACGAAGAAGCACUCUCUCUGAGCCUCGACCUUCUGGAGGAGCACCGAGCGCAUGCCAACCUUCGGAAUGAAGCCUACAAGCAACGUGUCUCUCGGUAUUACGACUCUAGAGUCAGGCACUGUUCGUUCCGAGUCGGUGAUUGGGUCAUGAGGAAGGUGUCCCUAGCAACUAAGGAUGCCACGGAAGGAACCCUCGGACCUUCCUGGGAAGGACCUUACGAGAUCAUCGGUAUCCUUCGAUCGGGAACCUACCGCCUAAGAGACUCCAACGGCAAGACCCUCGGUCAUCCUUGGAACGUGGAACAUCUCAAGUACUAUUUCAAGUAA